AUGGCUUCCGCUGACAGUUUUGGAUUUUUAUUGAGACAGGUUUCUCGGGACAUUUCACAACUGAUAUCUUCGACAAAAGACAUUCUAGCAAUUAUAGGUGCUAUUUACGCUGCAAAGAAAACGUUUGAUAUUUCAUAUGGAGCAUACACAUUGUUUAAAAACCAUUUGCGUGGUCAAAUAUCACCCUUGAAUUUGGAAAAAAGUUUUGGAAAAUGGGCUGUUAUAACUGGCUGCACUGCUGGUAUAGGACGUGCAUUCGCAGAAGAACUGGCGAGCCAAGGUAUCAAUAUAAUUCUUAUUAGUAGAAGCAGGACCCGUUUACAACGAGAGGCAAAUAAAUUAGAGCAAGAAUUUGGGGUGGAGACAGAGUGCAUUCCAGUAGACUUCUCCCAGGGUAGGGAUAUAUAUGCAGCACUGGAGACCAAGCUUAAAGGCAGAGAAAUAGGAAUUCUAGUAAACAAUGUAGGAGUAAUGUAUGACUAUCCAAUGAUGUUCACAGAUGUACAAGUUGAAAGACUUUGGCAACUGGUCAAUAUUAACAUUGUUGCAACGACUAUGAUGACACAAAUCAUACUUCCCGGUAUGGUGGAGAGAGGCCGUGGGGCAAUUAUUAAUAUGGCUUCAAGUGCUAGUUUAAAACCUACUCCACAGAUGUCGGUGUAUGCAGCAACCAAGGCGUAUAUUGACUACUUUUCCCGUGCAAUCAAUUAUGAGUACAAAUCUAAAGGCAUUAUAGUUCAGUCUCUCAUGCCAUUCUACGUCGCAACAAGGAUGACAAGGUUUAGCGAUGCACUCUCUAAACCAAGCCUAUUGGUUCCAUCAGCCACUAAAUAUGUCCAGCAUGCCCUUUGUACUCUAAGCUAUUCAACAAGGACUACAGGAUAUUGGCCCCACACUCUUCAGUGGUGGUUCCUCAGCUUAAUUCCAGAGAAUAUCUACAUGUGGGGAGCCAUGCGGGUUCUAAAUGCGCUACGGCGUCAAACACACAAUCGUAUACGCCAUAGAUCAGGCCAGAAAGGCUCCCAGGGUUCCACAGGAUCGAUGUCGGAGUCAGACAGCACCACAAUUGAACCGAGUUCUAGUAUAGGGAGUAUAAGUACAAUAGGACCUUCUGCCUCAUCAUCAUCUGUGUUUUAUAGUGCAACGGAGGACUCGCAAAGUAAUUUAGCUAGUAUGGACAAACCACAUGUUAAAUUUGAUUAGUCUCGUAUGUCUCUUUAAAGUCAUUAUUCUCCAUUUCAUGAUGCAACAAUGCAACAACGUUUAUAGCAACCAUUUAUUGUCAUGGUGGAAUCAUUCUGCAGUUGAAAUCUGUAACAAAUUGUUACACUUUGUAACCAUAUCCAAGUGGUGGGAUUUUGUCACUAACUAAUUACAUAAAUCACACAACUCUGGAAUCCUGGAUAAUAAUGAUAUAUAAUGAGAUUAGCAUGUUCCAUUGCAGUUGGGUUAUCGAAGGAUAAUCAAUUAAAUUAAAAUCCUUAUAUUUGAAAAAU